AUGCCUGGAACCCCAAUUGUGAACGGGACGUCCUACGUCACCGUCGAGGCGUACUCGGAUGCGUCCUUCCAGAAGGCUGCUGAGUUUUAUGCGAAAUUCUUGGAGUUGGACUCCACAAAGAAGAGCGACACAGAGACUGUACUGUUCAACAAGUUGGUCACAGUGAGAAUCGUUCUCGUCGAGGACGCCGCAAGACAACAGGCGGCAGACCAACAGCUGGCCGCGUUGGAGGCUCUGACUGACACGCAGGACUGGAGGGCGCACUUCAACCAGUCGCUAGUGUUCAAGACUACAUCGAUCGUGAACUUGCAACACUCGUUGAACAAGUUGCAUAUCCCACACCAGGUAUACCCUUCCACUUUACUGCCCAUGGAACUGUACACAGUGGACCCAUUGGGGAACGUUGUCGGUGUCACCUCUACGAAAAACUCUGUUUCCUCGAAGCCAACGGACAGGAACUUGUCGUCAGAGGCUACCGCUGUCGCGACCGCUUUGCAAACUGGCGCCAAAACAUCGCGGGAGCCUUCGAGAGUCCACUCGAUGACAGAUCUGUCGUACCGUGUCGGCACUACUGACUCGCACCCAUCCCUACCUAAACAGAUGACGCCUGCAAAGGCUAACAAGGCCAUUGCAGUGAUGACUUCAGGUGGUGACGCUCAAGGUAUGAACUCAAACGUCCGUGCCAUUGUCAGAACCGCGCUAUUUAAAGGGUGUAAAGCCUUUGUAGUCAUGGAGGGGUACGAGGGGCUUGUCCGCGGUGGUCCAGAGUACAUCAAGGAGUUCUCCUGGGAGGACGUCAGAGGUUGGAAUGCAGAGGGCGGGACCAACAUCGGUACGGCCAGGUGUCUGGAGUUCAGACAGCGCGAGGGGAGACUGCUAGGCGCGCUGCACUUGAUUGAGGCAGGUGUCGAUGCGCUGAUCGUCUGUGGUGGUGACGGGUCCCUGACUGGGGCCGACUUGUUCAGAUCCGAGUGGCCCUCUUUGAUCCAGGAGUUGCAAGAGACGGGCAAGAUCACACAGGAACAACACACCAGAUACAAGCACUUGAACAUUUGUGGGACUGUCGGGUCCAUCGACAACGACAUGUCCACUACAGACGCGACGAUCGGUGCCUACUCGGCACUGGACAGAAUCUGUCAGGCCAUCGACUACGUGGAGGCGACAGCAAACUCUCACUCGAGAGCCUUCGUCGUUGAAGUCAUGGGUAGAAACUGUGGUUGGUUGGCUCUGUUGGCUGGGAUUGCCACCUCUGCUGACUACAUCUUCAUCCCAGAGAAACCGGCCUCUGACGGUGACUGGCAGAAACAGAUGUGUGACAUUGUCGCGAAACACAGAGCAAGAGGUAAGAGAACCACGAUCGUCAUUGUCGCAGAAGGUGCAAUCUCUGCGGACUUGACUCCAAUCUCCCCCUCCGAUGUUCACAAAGUUCUUGUGGACAAGUUGGGUCUGGACACGAGAAUCACGACUUUGGGGCACGUGCAAAGAGGUGGUACCGCUGUCGCCUACGACAGAAUCUUGGCUACGUUGCAAGGUGUCGAGGCCGUCAACGCCGUGUUGGAGUCCGAUGCGGACACUCCAUCGCCUCUGAUCGCAGUCAACGAGAACAAGAUCACAAGAAAGCCUCUUGUCGAGUCUGUCCGGUUGACCAAGUCCGUCGCCGAUGCAAUCAAGGCGAAAGAUUUCAAGAAGGCAAUGGCUUUGAGAGACACAGAGUUUAUCGAACAUUUGAACAAUUUCAUGGCCAUCAACUCUGCUGACCACGUCGCCCCCAAGUUGCCCCGUGACCAGCGCCUGAAGAUCGCCAUCGUGAGUGUCGGUCCCCCAGCCGGUGGGAUCAACUCCGCCGUUUACUCGAUGGCCACUUACUGUAUGUCGCAGGGCCACAAACCUUACGCGAUUUACAACGGGUUCAGCGGGUUGGCAAGACACGAGUCCGUGAGGUCUCUGACUUGGAAGGAGAUGAUCGGGUGGCAGAGUAAAGGUGGUUCCGAGAUCGGGACGAACAGAGUGACCCCCAACGAGGCUGACAUCGGGAUGAUCGCUUACUACUUCCAGAAGUACCAGUUCGAUGGUCUUGUCAUCGUCGGUGGGUUUGAGGCCUUCGAAUCCUUGCACCAAUUGGAGACCGCUAGAGAGAGCUACCCAGCUUUCAGAAUCCCCAUGGUGCUGAUCCCAGCUACUCUGUCAAACAACGUCCCCGGUACCGAAUACUCUCUUGGUAGUGACACCGCUUUGAACGCCCUGAUGAAGUACUGUGACGUCGUGAAGCAAUCAGCUGCCUCGACGAGAGGUAGAACUUUCGUCGUGGACUGUCAAGGUGGGAACUCUGGUUACUUGGCUACGUGCGCUGCGAUCUGUGUCGGUGCGCAGGCUUCAUACGUCCCCGAGGAAGGUAUCUCUCUGGACCAACUACAAGAGGACAUUGCGAGUCUUGCAGAGUCCUUUGAGAAGUCACAGGGGAGAACCGGUUUCGGUAAGUUGAUCUUGAAGACAACAAAUGCGUCGAAGGCUCUCUCCGCUGACAAGCUGGCGAGCAUCAUCACUGCUGAGGCGCAGGGCAAAUUCGACGCAAAGCCUGCUGUCCCAGGUCACGUCCAGCAAGGUGGUCUCCCAUCGCCCAUUGACCGUACCCGUGCGACGCGGUUUGCGAUCAAAGCGGUGGACUUCAUCGGGAAGCAGCAGGCGAUCAUUGCCGGUGUGCGUGCCGCGGACUUCCAGUUCGACGCGAACGACAAGGCCGUCGAGGCAACCGCGUCCGUGCUUGGUGUCAAGAGCUCGCACAUCCGGUUCACGCCGAUCAGACAGCUGUACGACAACGAGACGGAGAUCUCCAAGAGAAUGCCCAAGAUCAUCCACUGGAGGGAGACCCGCGAGAUCGCGGACCACCUCGUCGGCAGAAAGCGCGUGGACUGA